AACACAAGCCAGCUCUGGCUUCUUCUUUUGGCGCAAUUCGACAGAGACUACUCUUUGAUUUUCUCAGGAACCAAACAGAAAUCAAUCACACGGCGUGAUCUCCUUGAAUCCCUUUAUCCGCUCUCUCAAUGCUGGUUCGCGACACUCCGCCGCGAGAGUGUGAAAACCACACCAGAGCUCUCAAAUUUUGCAUGCGGUACUGAAUUUGGUUACAAUCUGAAGGGAGGGCACAGCGUCUCGGAAUCAAUGGGAGACGCUAAGUACGCGAGGGAAUUGGACGUAGCGGUUCGCGCUGUUCAUAUGGCUUGCGCUCUUUGCCAGAGAGUUCGAGCAGGGUUGGCUUCUCACGGCACCGGGCAGGUCAAGUCUAAGGAUGAUGAUUCUCCUGUUACUGUUGCAGAUUGGAGUGUUCAAGCAGUAGUUAGUUGGUUACUGGCAGAAUCAUUCCAGGAUCAAAAUGUCUCCAUAGUUGCUGAAGAAGAUAUUCAAACACUGUCAAAGGCUGAAUUAGCUGACUUGCUGGCAUCUGUCACAACGAUUGUUAAUGAGAGCUUAGCCGAGGUACCAAAAUAUGGUCUCCAAAGUCCCAAGAAGCCCCUGGGAGCAUCCGAAGUUCUCGAGGCUAUCAGCAGAUGCAACUCAGCAGGUGGCCGUACUGGCAGACACUGGGUCCUUGACCGGAAGGGCAGUGGUAAGGCAUGGAUGCAGCCGUUGGUCCACAAGAACAAGACGUUUGAAUGGCCAAACUCCCCGAAGCAGAUCAAGGUCUCAUCAAUUGAUGACCCCGGCCUAGCUACUUUUUGUGAACCAGUGGAGAAGGCUAAUUCAAACCACUCGUUCACUGCUGGAGUUGCUCAUAGUAUGGGUUUCAAAAACCAGCCGUUGCGAGUUCAUAGCAUGGUGAAAUAUGCAGCCAUUGCUAGAGGAGAUGCAGAAAUAUUCAUGAAAUUUGCAAGGUGUGGUUACAAAGAGAAGAUAUGGGAUCAUGCUGCAGGAGUGGUCAUUGUAGACUGGUUGACACAGGAGAAUUGA